ACCUCCCACGCCUCCUCACGCCGCGUGCGGCUUCGGAGCCGUUUCCAGAGCGCCAGGCACUGGCGCGGUCAUGGCCCGCCGCGGGCGCGGGGAGGAGGCGCAGCCGCAGGAGCGGCUCUUCAGGCUGGUGCAAGAAGGGCGGCUGGAACCCCUACAAGAGGAGCUUGGGGGAACGGAGCAAGGCCGCGGCUGGCGCGGGAAAACCGGGUGCCCGGCCAGGGGGGGCGACACCCUCCUCCAUGCUGCGGCCCGGCACGGCCAUCGGGACAUCCUAGCCUACCUGGUUGAAGCUUGGGAGCUGGAUAUCGAGGCCCCUAACAGGGACUACAAGCGUCCCCUGCAUGAGGCGGCCUCCCUGGGACACCGGGACUGCGUGCUGUACCUCCUGCAAAGAGGGGCAGCUGUAGACUGCCUGAAGAAAGGGGACUGGACUCCUCUGAUGAUGGCUUGCACGAGGAAAAACUUGGAAGUGAUCCAGGACCUUGUGGAGCAUGGGGCCAAUCCAGUCCUGAAGAACAAAGACGGUUGGAACAGCUUUCAUAUUGCCAGCCGAGAGGGUGACCCUGUGAUCCUUCAGUACUUGCUAACUGUUUCCCCAGCUGUCUGGCAGACAGAGAGUAAAAUCAGAAGAACACCUCUACAUACUGCAGCAAUGCAUGGCUGCUUAGAGGCAGUGGAGGUGCUUCUUGAGAGGUGCCAGUAUGAGCCAGACAGCAGAGAUCAAUGUGGUGUUACUCCAUUUAUGGAUGCAAUACAGUUUGGCCACAUCAGCACAGCUCAACUUCUCCUUGAAAAACAUAAGGCUUGUUUCACAGCCAAGGACAUCCUAGGUGCCCAAGCUUUACACAAGGCAGCAGUCACUGGUCAAGAUAAAGCCAUUCAAUUUCUAGUUUCUGAUCUUGGGGUCGGAGUUGAUGAGAGAGUCACAUUAAGUGGAUACACAGCUCUUCACUUUGCAUCUAAGGAGGGACAUACAAGUACAGUGAAGACUCUCUUGUCCUUGGGAGCUGACCUCAAGUCUAAAGAAGGAAAAAAUCGAUCUGCCCUGCAUCUGGCUUGUGCGGGUCAACACUUGGACUGCAUUGAGUUUCUCCUCCAAUGUGGACUAAAGGACUCUCCAGACAUUGAAGGGACUCUGGCUCGGGAGCUCAUAAAGAAACAAGACUUUCUUUAUUACUUUGACCAAAAAGUAGCAUGACCCACAAAUCCUCCUAAAAGAAGAAAAUUUUGAGCAGCAGUGUUACUAGCUUUCUUGCUAAUUUUUGGUUAAUAAACAUAUGACUACUGAAUUUGGACAUCACUGAGUGCUUUCAACUUCUCCUUUAUACCUGAGUAAGGAUGUCUGUGAUCAUCAGGAAAUAACAUCCAGAUUAACUUCUGGGAACCAUAGAGCUUUUGUUGUAUUCUAAACUCUGUUAUGAACAUGUUGUGAGAUCCUGACCCAGCAUACACUUCUUGCUUUGUACUUCAGUUUCUCUGCUUUUGAAGCUGAUACAAUAAUUUAUUCUGCUUCUUGAGGAAUUUCUAUGAGAGGAAUUAGAAUUUGCUCUUAAAAGAAUCUUCUGACUGCUCAGAGAAAGGUAUGAAAGUAUUAUAUUAUGGAUGGGGUUAAGCCCUAUUAAAAUUCAAGUUUCAUCUGAAAUUUACUUUAGAUUUGAGUAGUGAUACUCUGCUGUUCAUUUUGAUUUAUUAUUUCAUAGAUCUAUUUUUGAGUUGGUA